AGUUCCGCAGCGAAGCGCGGUUACCCGAGCCUUGCCUUUUUGCCGCGGCUGGCUCGCGCGUUUGCCGUCUCGUUUGAUCCCACGGUCGCAUUCUCCUUGACGCCUAGUUGCAGGACGGCAGCCGGUCGCCGGCUGCGGGUACAACUCAGCUCGGCGCAUCAAGGCAGCGGGAGACGCGCAGCUUCGUUCGCAUUGCCACUCGCAGCAAACACUGCGCUACCAGAGCAACACCACUUUCCUCAUCAGUCCAAAUGCAUCAUCGGUGCCAGGUGGGUCUAUGCUGCCUGGGCUGCUGCAACGAAAUUCCCAGUCGACGCUCACGACAACUCCGAGCGGCCGCGCGUGGCCACCACAGUCGCCACCGGGGCAAGGUGCUGAACCCACUAUAGCUGCCGUGGAAGCAUCCGAGCUACUUCAAGUCGGUUCUAACACUGCGAUUGCCCCGCCUCCGCCACCAACUACGUAUGCGCCCGCCGCGCUUCGGCGCUCUCACAUGACCACUUCGCUGACCGAAGUGUCCGCAGUCGGCGUUCCAGGCGCGCUGGGCGCGAGCGGCUCCCUCGGCCCAAUCGGGAGUUUGAGCUCCAUGCCUCCAGUGCCGUUAGCGUCUACCUCUCCGCCGCCCCCAGUACCCGGAUGGGCAGGACGGGCCGUGCCCGGUCCACCGCUGAGGCGCCCUAACAUGCCAGCGUCAGUGACAGAUGCGCAUGGCUUCGGCAGUUCGGCGGGAAGCGCCGGCAGCGUCGGAACGCCAAGCCGGCAGCCGUACUUCGCGACAUCGAUGACAGAGGCACCGGGCUCUGUGGCCAUCAGCAGCGUGGGAGUGAUCGGGUGCCCCAGUUCAAGAAAUAGCCUCGGUAGUAUGCCACCCGGAAUGCCUCCGGCACCUCGGCCUUUACGACCACCGCCGCCGCGGAGGUCGCUCUCUCCUGGACAAUUGCCGCCGCGUCCUCCGCCGCUGGGGCGCCGGUUUCCUCUACCGGCUGGCGAAGAAAUUCGGCGUAGACCUCCUUCCGGCGUAGAUUUUCGCGACCGAGAGCGCAUCGACGAAGGAUACGAUUCGGCGGAGGCAGUUGGUGGCAGACAGGAUUCUCAGCCGCCGCUCUCACGCCUGCCUCCUUCUGGCGUAGAUUUUCGCGACCGAGAGCGAAUCGACGAAGGAUACGACUCGGCGGAGGCAAUGAGCAGACAGCCGCCUAAUCGCCGUUUGGGACCCUCUAUGUCCCGCUCCGCGCGGAGGCUACCCAACGCCCCUUCUCGACCGGUGCCCGUGUCGGGCUCCAAAAGCGGCAGCGGCCCACAUGUAUCGCGCAUCCGAAUGUUCCAGAUCGAACGCGAGUUUGGUACGCCCGCAGAAUCCGAGACCCGCAAACAGACAAACAGCAACCAGGACGGUGCGUCGCAGCCACCGCCUGCCCCAACACCGCCGCCGCCGCUGCCAGAGAUUCCCGAUGACUCCACGUUUGAUGACCAGGGUCAAAGUCGACCGAGAGUAUGCAACUGUCCGGGAACCGUCAUGAUCCGCCGCGGACCACCACGUCGAUCUACCAGCGGCCGCCUUCGCGGCGCCUAUAUCAAGAACGAUGACGACGAGGACGAAAUGAACGACCUGUACAUGAUCAAGAAGUCCAAAAGGAAAAGGAAGAGGAAGCAGCCCCCUCCGCCACCGUCUCCUCCUCCUCCUGUCACCCCAACGUCGUCGGGUGGAUUCAUGGGAUUCCUUUCCGGCCUGGUGGGAGGACACCAGCAGCAGCCGCCGCUACCGCCGCCGCCGCCGCCGCAGCCAGCGCGACUGGCGGGGACAGACUCCGACAGCGACGACGAAAGCGAGUACGAGUUGCGGCGAUUCGACCGUCGCCAGCUGGAGAACUUUGUACGCAAGAUCGACUUUAAGAACAUCGCCCAGGACGACGAAACCAAGGAGGGGCGGAAGGCAAAAAGUAAGGAGGAAAAGAAAGAGGGAGAAAAGCCGGAGGAGAAAAAGCCGGAGGAGAAAAAGCCGGAAGAGAAAAAACCAGAGGAAAAAAAAGAGGAGAAAGCGCCAGAGCCAGAGAAGAAAGAGGAAAAGCCGCCUGAAGUUAAGACGGAGCCUGCUCCUGCACCUAUGGAAGGGCCACUGGAUGUCAAGGUGCCAGUCGUGUUCGUCUUUGGCGGUCCCGGCUCUGGCAAGGGCACACAGUGCGACAAGAUAGUGCAGAAGUACGGCUUCACGCACAUCUCGUCGGGCGACCUACUGCGAGCUGAAGUGGAGUCUGGCAGCGAUCGGGGCAAGGAGAUCAACGAGAUCAUGAAGAAGGGAGAGCUUGCCCCACUGGCAAUGAUCCUACAACUGAUUAAAGAGGUCAUCAAGAAAAACCUAGCGACAGCCAAGGGCUUCCUCAUCGACGGCUAUCCGAGGAACGUCGAGCAGGGCGAGCGCUUCGAAGCUGAGGUGUGCAAGUGCACCAACCUCGUGUACUUCGAGGUGAAGGACGAUACGAUGAAGGCUCGGCUCAUGAAGCGUGGUCAGACGAGUGGCCGCGUGGACGACAACGAGGAGACCAUCGCCAAGCGGCUCAAAACCUUCCACGACGAGUCGGAGCCCGUCCUUGAGAAGUACAAAGCCAUCGUUCACAAGAUCUCAGCAGAAGAGGAGCCGGACAAGGUGUUCGAAGCGGUCACGCAUCUCUUUGACGAAAUAACCAAACCGAAAUAGUCAAGGAAUUAAA